CGCUCUGUGUACACACACACACACACACACACACUGCUCCUGGGACUACCCACCACAGUCUGUGCGCGCGCACGCAUGUGUGAGUGUGUGUAUGUGUUACACACUCGCUCAGCAGCUGUUGAAUUAAUCCGAAGUUGAAGUUUGGAGUGAUUUUUACACCACCAGCACCAUCACCACCACCAUCUUCCUCCUCCUCCUCCUCCUGCUCCUGCUGCUGCUGCUGCUGCUCGUCGCCAGUCGGGGUUCCAGUUGAAGAGUGUGUGGACGCGAGGCUGGCUCUUCCUGGGGUGUAAGGCACUGAGCGCCUGUCAGCAUGGACGCCCAACUACAAGGCCAGCAGCCACCAAUAGCAGUGUUUCAACCACAGAAGCCGCUACAGCCGGAGAUGGGCUACAACAGCUUAGCCAAUUAUUACAUUGAGAAGAAGAUUGGACGAGGGCAGUUUAGCGAGGUCUAUCGGGCGAAAUACUUGAUAGACAACACUCCAGUAGCUUUGAAAAAAGUUCAGAUAUUCGAUCUGAUGGAUGCCAAAGCCCGGCAAGAUUGCAUCAAAGAGAUAGAUCUCCUGAAGCAACUCAACCACCCCAACGUAAUUAAAUAUCACGCAUCAUUCAUCGAGGAGAACGAGCUAAAUAUAGUGCUGGAGCUGGCGGACGCCGGGGACCUCUCACGUAUGAUAAAGCAUUUCAAGAAACAGAGGAGGCUGAUCCCUGAAAAGACUGUAUGGAAGUACUUUGUUCAGCUGUGCAGCGCACUGGAGCACAUGCACUCCCGACGUGUAAUGCACAGAGAUAUUAAACCGGCCAACGUCUUCAUCACUGCUACUGGAGUGGUGAAACUAGGCGACCUGGGUUUGGGCCGCUUCUUCAGCUCCAAAACCACCGCUGCACACUCUCUAGUGGGCACCCCUUAUUACAUGUCUCCCGAGAGGAUACACGAAAACGGAUAUAACUUCAAAUCUGACAUCUGGUCGCUAGGCUGUCUGCUCUACGAGAUGGCUGCUCUUCAGAGUCCAUUCUACGGAGACAAGAUGAACCUGUACUCGCUGUGUAAAAAGAUUGAGCAGUGCGACUACCCCCCUCUCCCAUCUGAUCACUACUCGGAAGAGCUGAGAAAGCUGGUAGAUAUGUGCAUCAACCCGGAUCCGGAGAAGCGGCCUGACAUCACCUACGUGUACGAAAUCGCCAAGCACAUGCACGCUCUGACUCUGGCCAACUGAAUCCAUCCUCCGUCUGCUUCUCCUGUCUAUAGCCCACUUCUGGAUGAUGUUUGCCAGCCAUUUUUUUUAAAUCUCCUACAGCUCCGUGGUUCAUGUUACAAUCAUAUGAUUGCUUCUUUACUACGAGAAGCUUUAAUCCAAACUUGUGCAAGGUGGCUUUAGCAAGUCAUCACAUGAUUAUUGACUGUUAAUUCUACUUCUGUGUGGUGUGUAAUGCUGAGGCCGAAUCACAGUAGGUGUAUUUACUACACACACACACACACACACACACACACACACACACACACACACAGAGACACACUUACGCAUGCACAUCUUACAACCAAAGAUUAGAUAACAGUAUAAAAAGUAGAGAUUAACAUUAAAAAUGCACAAAACGGUUAUAAACGUCUUUUUUUUUUUUUCUUCCAAACAGAAUUUGCCUUGCACACAAAGGAAUACUGAAGCCUUAAAGUGUCUUGCUGUUAUGGGUUUUUGGAUAUUGGUACAGAUGCUGCAACACCCCUGAUUGUUGAAUGUAAAUGGCUUUUUUUUUUCCAUAUGAAAUGAAACUAACUGUCCCAUGACACUCCUUCACAAACCCUAUAAAAAGACUGAAAGUCUCCCUUGGUAUCUAUAAAAAUAAUCUCGCGUUCCCCUGAAAAAGCUUCCCUGAUUGAAUGGCUUAAAUUGUGUUUUGUAGUUCUAUUAAAAGAGAAUGAAGUCAUCAUGUACAUGUUGCAGGUUGCAUGCGCUUUGUAACUAAUCCAGUGCCUUUAGCGUGCACUUCUGCAUUUUUUUUUUUUUUUUUUUU